CUACUCCUGUCAUCACUCAAAACUCAAUGAGACCACCACAGCCUCCGCAGUUAAAGAAAAAAAAAAAAGAAAAGAAAAGAAAAACAGAGAAGGGGUGCGUGCCGAAGCAGGCAAGUGAGAGCGGAGCCACCCUAGGCGCCCGGUGAGUUAUCUAAAACAAUGGGGGGAUGUAUGACAUCAUCAAUUCCCAUGAUGCCUAAAGUCAGAAAGUGGACCUCUUUUGUCCCUCGCCUAGGGCAGGGUGUGCGCAGCCCAUUCCGUGGCGCACGUUAGCCCUCCCCCACCCCACACCUAAGCGGUGGCCUCAUCCUUCUAGAUCUCAAAAUCAGCCGCACACCCCUCCCACCCCCCACCCACCCCACCCUUUUACACCCCCAAUCAAAUUCAAUAUGUCACCAAACCCCACUUUCCCCACCACAACCUCAACCCUCUAUUAUCCUUUUUCCACCGCCACCACCACCACCACGACUACCAAUUUCCCUCCUUCGCUAACGCUCCACGCCUCCCUUUUUUCUCUUCCCCUUUUCCUAUUUCUUAACUUCGACCGCCGCUGCCCUUAACCUACGUCGCAUCUAUGUCCGCCCCUGGUGCUGGAUCUCCUUCGCCCCAAGAUCCUACCCUUCCAUCCAAUCCACUACCGGCGCUCCCUGCGCCACCGCAGCCGUCCACCAAUCCACGCCGUCUGCCACCACCAUGUUGGUCCCACGAUGAGACGGUCGCCCUGAUCGACGCCUACUGCGACAAGUGGUACACGCUUCGCCGUGGUAACCUGAAGGCCAAUCAUUGGCAAGAAGUCGCCGACGCCGUUGCUCGCCGAUGCCCAGCUGCAUCCCCGCCGAAGACCGCGGUGCAGUGCCGCCAUAAGAUGGAGAAGCUCCGCAAGCGUUACCGCACCGAGAUCCAGCGAGCGCGAUCCAUGCCCGUGUCAAGAUUCUCUUCUUCUUGGGUACAUUUUAAGCGUAUGGACGCCAUGGAAAAAGGCCCACAGGCUAAAAUGGAUUAUAAUUCUGAGAGCGAUGGGGACGAUAAUGAGGACGAAAACGAGGAGGACGAUGAUAAUCGAGGUUUCUACAUGGAUAACCACAGGAAUGGGAGUACUAUUAUGAAUACAAGGAGCAUUCAUAAGCUGUAUCGAAAUGGAAUUGGAGGAAACACCGGGAGUAAUUUGAGUGGGAGCGGUUCUGGUGCUAGUGCCGGCAGUGGUUUUAGAAUUAGAAUACCUACCGGAGUUAGUAUAGCGCAACCAGGACCCAAGUUUUAUGCCAAAGUUGAUCAGAAGUAUGGUGUAAACCCUAAUUUGAGUUCUAAUUCCACUCCUAAACCUAAUUUUGGAGGUGGAUCCGUGUCUGGAUCUGGGUUGGGGAGCAGUAGGGUUUUGAAGGGGUCUGAUGAAACAGGAAAGAAGAGGGAGAGGGAACCAAUGGAGGAGAUGGUGGCGGCAAUAAAGGUAUUAGGGGAUGGGUUUGUGAGGAUGGAACAGAUGAAAAUGGAGAUGGCUAGGGAGAUCGAGACCAUGAGGAUGGAGAUGGAGAUGAAGCGCACUGAGAUGAUUCUCGAGUCACAGCAGCGGAUUGUUGAGGCCUUUGCAAAGGCCUUCUCGGAGAAAAAGAAGAAGCCCAAGAGAAUACCUUCACCGGAGUCAUAGUACUCGGUUGAUCCUGCAGAGAUGGCGGCUGGUGGUGAGGGAUUCUUUGAAAUGGCCUGCAUUAGGCUUCAAUGGACAGACAGAGAUGCGUAAGAUGUUUAGUUGCCUAUCCAGCCUCUUGCUUUGUGAUUAAAGGGUAAUUAGGAAGCUAUGAAACUUUGAUAUGUUGUAGCCUAAUUUUGGAAGAAUGUAGCUUUAUUUUGUUGCAAGGGCUGUACUUUUGAUUUUAAGGUCCAGGAUUGAAGUUGUCACUUUCUAUAUGUGCUUGAAUGAUGCUUGGAUUUAAGCUUACUUC